AUGUCUGAACUCGUGGCGGAAAUCGACAGCUUGUGGGAAGACGGCGAAGAAAUCCGCAUGAGUUGUUUUCAUGAUGGAGAUUGCAUUUUGACUUACGGCUAUUCUUUAGCUGUCGAGAGGCUCCUUAUAGCGGUGCACGAGAAGAACCAGAAGCUGCAGCAGGCGGGGCGGCGCAGCGCUGCGCUGCGGUGUCUUUUUGAAGUUGUGGUUUUGGGGGGCGACGGCGAAGACGGCAGCAGAAAAUUGGCAAAAAGACUUCAAGGAGUUGGAAUUCAAACAACUUUUAUGCCAGAUUCUGCACUCUUUGCUGCCAUGCCGAAGGUCGACAAAGUCCUCCUAGGGACUGUGGCGGUGUUGUCUUCGGGAGGGUUUGUGGCUGUGGGGGGGGCCAAUUCUGUUGCUGUUGCUGCUCGCUUUUUUAAUAAACCCUUAAUUGCUGUUGCCCCUCUUUUCAAACUCACUUAUCUUCCCUUCUUCGACAACCAAAGCUCCAACGAGCUCAUCCCUCCCGCUGCAGCGGUGCCGGACGGGCUGAACAUGGGCAACGUGAGCAUAAGCAUUCCAAUGUUUGACUACGUGCCCCGCUCGCUGGUGUCGGUCUUCAUCACCGACGUGGGCGCAGUCGACCCCAGCUACUUGUUUGCACUUUCCAGGCAGCGCUACCACGUCGACGACUUGGCUCUCGGCAUUGUCGACUAG